AUGGCAUUCACUGUUUUGUUGUUCAUAUUCGGUAUUAGCAGCAAGCAGAAAACAUUGGUAAAAAAGGUAAUUGAAGAACCUGUUAUUAAUAGCAAGCGCAAAAGUGCAAUACGCGAAUUGCUCACUACAGAGCGACGUUAUGUUGAAGAUUUAUAUUAUGUGAUUUCAACUUACUUAGAACCAGCUUGUGAAGAAAAUAUUAAAGGUUUAGGUUCUUCCGAAAUAGCUUUUAUCUUUGGAAAUAUUGAAGACUGUUAUGACAUAGCCUGUUCUCUCCUUCAAAAGUUAGAAGAGGGUACUACACCUAUUGGUAAAGUAUUUUUGGAUUUUGCAGGCGAUUUGCAGGUGUACUCUAUCUUCUGUUGUGAGGUUGAAGACUCUCUUAAGUUUCUAGAGAAAAUCAGAGAGGAUGAUAAGAUUAAUGAUUGGUUACAAGUGAAGCAGAACAAUUCUAAAAGGGCACUGCCUUUAGAGGCUUACUUGAUGCUUCCAGCUCAAAGGAUGCUUCGCUAUCCCAUGCUGUUGGAGGCCAUCUUGAGACAUACUUCUCCCGCUCAUGCCGACUAUGCUUCAUUAAAGUCGGCAGCAGCCAUAAUCAGGGGCUUUUGUCAGCAAAUCAAUGAAGUUAAACGUCGGCAUGAAGAAAUUAGUCAUUUUUUUCAUUCUAUUAACGGUUUGGAAGGAGGCCACCGCGAGUUUGGCUACCUCGUUCUUGAGGAGGACGCCACCGUUUACUACUCGAAAAUUCAUGCAUUGCAUAAGAAAAGAAGAAUCUUUUUAUUUGAAAAAGUUUUAAUCAUCUGUAAAACGUGUGGCCCGCUUUCAAAAUUUAAAUAUGAAUUUCGAGAAAAAUUUCUUACUUCAUCUUUGGCGCUGACUAGAAUUUCAGAAAACUCGUUUCGCUUAAUUAGUAACGAUUCCGGCGCUAAAGUUGAACUCUCCUUUGAAUCCAAGGAGCAGUGCGAUGUUUGGUACGAUCACUGCCUGAUUUACUCCCAUAAAGAAAAUGAAUCUUCCGAGGACUUUGCCGACUUUCCUCCAGCUGUGGAAGAUGACGUAAUGCGCUCAAACGAGCCGUCCAGCGAGAAGAACGUCGUGUUGCUGGAACUUUUGGCUAAGCGUUCACGUGACGUCGCUACUUUAGAACUUUUGGAGUCACUGCUAAGCUCGUUUCGUACUACUUUUUCUGAGGAUAAUUCUAACGUGAUCCAAGAAACCCACAAGCAAAUUGACUUCCUAAGGAAAAUGUUGAAACAGCUUAAUUCUCGCAUCGAAGCGCUUCAAGAAGACGUUGGAAAAGCUGAUAACGAGAGUUACGUUAAGGAAAAGAUUCACCAUCUUAGAGACGCGGAGAACGGCAAGGAAGAAUUCCAGACGGCCGUAGCGCUUUACGAUUUUGAGGCGCAAGCAGAUUCUGAGCUCACGAUCCGACGGGGACAAGUAGUUUCUGUAGUGUCCAGGUACGAUGCAGACGGGAACAGUGAUUGGUGGGUUGUAUGCACCGGUGAUAAGCAGGCUGGUUAUGUCCCGGCCACUUACUUGGAAGUGAUUUCCGAACAACCGCAAUUGUGGGAUCCUUCCUGCGUGCCGCCCCCCAGCCGCCCGGACGUUCAAGCGCCGGCAGUCGCCUUUGGCUCUGGCCCCGUCGACCACGUGUUAGUUGAUCUGAUGCGACGAAGGGACAAUAUCAUCAAUGUUUUGGAAGUUUACAAGAGUUUUUACCAAGUCUAUUAUGCCUCCACGGAUCCCGCAAGCCCUUCCAUUUUAACUCAGCUCGAAACUCGCAUACAAACUUGUAAUAACCACAUUCAGGAAGUAAAUUCGUGCAUCUUUAAGCAUAAUAACGGAGAUGAAUACUCUCCUCCUGAAUUUUCAGUGAUUGAGCAACCUGCAGCUGAUGUCGCUGCAAUAGUUUGCGAAUCACAGAAUUUACAAAGAAAAAAGGAGAAUGAGGAGGCCGAACGCCAGAAGAAUAAUGCAGAGAGAGAGAAAAGAGAGGAAAUUAGAAAACUGGAAAGAGAAUUACAAGCAGCAACUAAUAAAUUAAAAGAAUUGCAGUCUUCGUACGAAGAAAAAAAAAAGAUUUCUGAAGAACAGAGAAGAAAUUCUUUGGAAGGCUCUAAAGAAAACUUAAGAAAAGAUUCUGACAUACAGCAGUCUCUUAUGCAAUACCACGAAAAAGUCGCUGACCUCUCGAGUCAGUUAAGAGGGCUUAGUAAGGAUCCGAAAAUUACUGGAGAAGUAGAAGAAAAUUUAUUUGUAAAUUUAAACAAAAGCAGGCAAGAAAAUAGAAAAUUAGAGAGAAAUUUACUUAAAAAGAGUCAUGAAGAGCAUAAAGAAAAGUUAAAGAAAGAAGAUGAAGAACGAUCCCGUAAAGAAAAGCAAAAGGAAGUUCAACGGAAGGAAUAUCUCGACCACGUGGAUGAUUAUUUAGAUUUGAAGAAAAAGGAAUUAGAUAUUGAAAAAGUGUUAAGCAAAACGAUAGUCGUGUCAAAGGAAAGAGUUUCGCAAGCAUCCCCAAAAUGUGUUUACAAGUUUUCCGCUCUGGCGCCGAUUGGUCAGCGCAUCCCCGUUGAAAGGAUUCAGAGAGUUGCUCCUUCACAGGAAACUCUACUUAAGCGCUUAGAGGCCAGGCAGAAGGAAAGAAAAAAUAUGCUUCAAAAUUUAAAAGGGAGCAAAAAUAAAGGGGAUGCUUUUGAUUGGCAGACCAAAAGAUUACAAAGUGCUAAAGGUCAGCAAGCUUCAGGCCCUCGAGAAAAAGUUACUAGCAAGAUUACAAUUGGGGAAAAGUACGAGAAGGAAGAGCAAUGAUUAGUAGAAGGAUUACUUAUCAAAAAUUUAUUGCGGGUAUUAACCUUGUGACUUUUUUAUGCAAAUCAUUUAAUUUACGAAG